ACCUACUAACCAUGAGAAAUAACAGACUGGACGUCUUCCACUCCCUCCACUGCCUAAACUACAUCCGCAUGUACCUAGAUAAAGAUUACUACGCUGCUCACCUCGAACACCACGACAGCUUUCUGAAGAAUUCGUCCCAUAUCCCGGAUGACUGGGGCCAGGUGCAUCUCCACCAUUGUCUGGACCAGGUUGUGCAGUCGGUGACUUGUCAUGCGGAUCUGUCGCCCGUGCCGAUGUAUGGGUGGAAAGGGGUGCCGGUAUUCUUGGGCGUAGGGCAGACGCAUACGUGUCGGAGGUGGGAACCGAUACGGGAGUGGAUGGAUGCGAGGAAUGAGGUUUAUGAGCCGCUUGGGGAGGAAUAGGGGGAUAAUUCUACUUUUGGGGGUUGGAGA